GUACCCACAAUAGUACCAUUUUUCCACUAAUCAUGAAAAAACAUUUAAAGCUUAUCAUCAUUAACUACCAUUUCAGAUUCACCAUUUAAAUUAAGUGAUAUGUUUGAUACGUAAAUACCAAAUUUUGUUAAAUUUUAAGCUAAAAACUUUGGACUGAUGAAUUUUGAACCCAGAAAAGCAAGCUUACUAAUAGUUUGACGAGACAUGCAUUUACUAUCUGAAAACAACAGUAACAACUAACAACCAUUACUUUUGGGCAUUUGGCAUUCAUUCCCUCUCAAAUGUCUCACAAAGCUCAAAACCAAAGUCCAGAAUUAAAAGAGACGCGAAACGGAUUGAGUAGUCAAACUUCCUCAAAGUCGUUAACUAUCUUCAAAGGUGUGUUUGUUAAUUUUCUUUGUUUGUUUAAUUUUCUGGGUAAGUUUAAUUUUUUUGAGUGCUUGACUUUCGUAACGUUUGUUUAAUUUUCUGGGUAAUUUUAAUUUUGGGGGUAAGUUUAGGGUAAGUUUAAUUUUCUGGGUAAGUUUAAUUUUGGGGGUAAGUUUAAUUUUGGCUGAGUGCUUGACAUUCGUAAAUCGAUGAUAUUUUUUCCAUCGUGUUGCUGUAAUUCGAAGUGUUUAUGAAAUUCGAAUAGUGAGCAGUUGCAAAGAAAUUCCUAGACGGUUUUCUUUUAAGGUUUUUGCUUAAUUGCGGUGCGUAAUUGGACUUUUGAUUGUUGAUUCUGAUGAUAUUUGUUCAUUUAUUGAUGAUAUUUGUUCAUUUUAAGACACAAUACAGAAGUUUAUAACAAUGAGACAGAAGUUUAUAACAAUAAAGUAGAAGUUUGUUUUGGGAUGAAAUUGACUCUAUUUCAGAAAUGUGAAUGAAAUUUGCAAUAUGUUUUGAGUUAAAUGUGAAGAUUUAAGAAUCAUAUUUGACUUUUGAUGGAAAUGUGGUUGUUUUGUGACUUUUGUGUGAAGUGUAGUAGUUGUUUGUUGUUAGGGACGAUUUGGAUGUGGUUGUUGCAGAAGUGGGAGGCGCUGUGAUGAUAGUUGGUGUUGUUGGUGCUGCAGUAGUGCUACUGCUGUUGUGGGUUGCGUCUGCUGCUGCUACUGUUGUUAGUGGUCGUUUUGGGCAGUUGUUGUCGUUGUACUAUUGUUGUUACAAACUUGUGAAUUGCUGUUAUAAAUUUAUGAGUUACUGUUACAAACUUUGAUAUUGUUGUUACAAAUUUAAUAUUGUUGUUAAACUUUAAUAACUUUAAUAACUUGUUGUUACAAACUUGAAUUGUUGUUAUAAACUUGUUCUCUUGGUUGCGUUUGCUGCUGCUACUGUUGUUGGUGGUCGUUUUGUGCAGUUGUUGUCGUCGUACUAUUGUUGUUGUGAUAUUGUGUGUGCAGUAGGUUUAGGUAUCGUAUUUAUAGUGUUAGUUGACUUUUGAUGGAAAUGUGGUUGUUUUGUGUGAAAGCCAAGUUAUUUACCACCGCUGGAUUUUUAUCUUGCAGGAAAAGAAAAAUUAAACUAAUCCACCACUGAGAGUGUCUCAUCCAGUGUUAUUACGGUAAUAUGUUGAAAGAAUUUUUUUUUUUUAGUAAUGUUUAUAUGUUGAGGAUAAGUUCUUUGAGCUUUGUGAUAAGCUUGUUCUCUUGGAUUUUUAUUGACAGAUGAUUGAAGAAGAGAAGGAACAUUAUUUAUAUGUGAUAAAUAAAUAUGUCUUCCCUCUAAUUAUUUCUCAAAAGUAUUCCUGGGAUGACUUAGAAUUAUGGCGAAUUUUUAGUCACAAUUACAACAAGGAAAUUAACAGCAAAGGCUUACGUAUUGCUAAGCGCACUAAAGCAGAGUUGAUUGGAAUGGGAAAAGUCUUGAAAUGGUGCAGCUGUGUAGAACCCUCUCAGUGUACCUGCAAAAUCCCGUUUUUUCCGGGUGUAUGGGCUCCUGUAGAAUAUGUACCUCCUGUACAACCCACUUCCGGUACAUCGGUUACUUGGAAAACUCAUGGUUCCAAAAGAAAGAAUUAUGAUGUGGAUGAGGGUAGUUCCAAAAGAUUGAGUUAUGAUGUGGAACAGAAUAGAACUGAAGAGUCGAGUGGACUCAUGAAGAAAGUUGCAGACGAACUACUUUUAAUAGUUCCAAGUGAAGAAUGUUCUGAUUUAGAUAUUUUGAGGGCAAGCUAUGUCUAUGAUAAUCUACUAAUGAGAAAGCAAAUGUUGCCGGUUUUAAUGUUUCUACAAGCCACCAGUAAGGAUAAGGUUUGAAUCCUCAAAAAUCAACUACGUUUGUCUGCCAUUGAUAAUGGGAUCCCGAAUACGGACCCGAAUGCGACUCAACUACUUAUGUCACCACACAUGUAGUUCAUGUAGUUGAGUUACGAUGAUUUCAGUUGCUUUCUUACCCUUCUUGAGAUCCAGUUUUUAACAAUAAGUAAUUUUGUAACAA